UACAACAACAGAGCGAGGAUGGGGGCGAGGACAACCAGCUACUUAUAAUAAACAGUACGAGACUUGAGUCGUUUUUUACGUGUACGGUGUAUUUUUAAACCCGUUUUUUCUCAGUUUCCUGUUGGACGAGUGAAGUUUUUAGUGCGCUAACUCAACAUAUAGCUGCGGACCUAUUUUAACCUACAGUAAAAGGGUUUCUCUUUUCAAAGCUAACUAUGUUGGACUGCCAACACCAGAGAGCCAAAUGACUCCAGACAUGUCUGAAUAAUUUCUGGUGGGGAUGACAUGCUCUCAUUGACCUUUGCCCUCGAAGCCUGGCCUCUGAUUGGUCAGGUUUGGGAGUGAAACACAUCAUAAGACAGCAACCCCACCCUCAUCCAGCGACCAUGUCUGUCCAUGAAGCAGCUCUACGGCCCACGUCCCCGUUACCCCUCAAACCCGAGGCCAAAACGAGACCUGAGAUCCCUCCAAAGCCUUCAACGCAAAGCAGUUCCCUCCCUCUCGGGGAUGAAAAUGGCGACGAGAGCCUCGCUGCUGGGAAGGUGAAGAGGAUUGUGAACAAAUUCAGCAAAAAGGAGGUCGCACCAAGUGAAGCGAAUGAACUCCCUGCCAACGGUAGUGCCAAAUUUAAGCCAAGCAAGCCGUUCAAAAGAGCCCCAACCAUAAAGCCCAAGCCAAGCCGUGCCAGUCUACCACUUCAGCUGGGCAGAGAGCAGGCGCCUCCGCUGCCAGCGAAGAGGAGCCGCAACCCACAGAAGCAGAAAGAGAGCGUGGGGGGAGAGGAGGGGGACGGCAUCAGUGUGGAAGGACGUCGAUCAGCGCCUGAUGGAAAAGAGGUCGAGGUUCAGCUGAACGGAGGAGGGGAAGCAGAGGUGGAGCACAGACCAGACACGCCACUCAGUCCCUGCUGCGAGCCGAGCUGCAGCUGCGUGUGCCACUUCCAGCGGCCGGGCAUGAAACUGAUAUGGGUGCCUGUCGACGUGGAAGAUGGUGAGGAGGAGGAGGAGGAAGAGGAGGAUGUGGAGGAGGAUGUGGAGGAGGAGAUGGAGGAGGAGGAGGAUGUGACUGAUGGGGAAGGGGACAGCUGGGAGGGGGAAGACAAGGAGGUGGAGAGGGGAGGGGAAGGGGACAGCGAGGCAGAGUAUGAGGUGGACAGGACUUUGGCAGUCGAUGAGGGUGUGAUAUCAAAACUAGACAAAGCAAAGUUCCACCACUCUCUGGGGGUUUUAAUCAGCGAGGGUAACAGGAGGCGGUCGGACCCCGGUCCUCACGCCGUCCUCACCUCCCUCGCUGUCACUCGCUCUCAGUCUCCGCCUGUUCCCCCCAAACAGACUCAGUCCCACCACAAAGCCAUCGACGAAGAAGAAAACAUUUACGAGGCCACGCUUCCAGUGAUUGACCGUACUCCCAGAAAGAGCUCGUCUGUGUGUAAGGAGCUCGAUAUUCCUCUGAUCAAGGUGCGCAAACCGGCCCGCUGGUCUAAGCUGUCCAGCAGCUCCUCAGACCCGACUUCAGAGUUUGAGGUGGACGCAGGUUCAGUAUCGAGCCCAGACAUCAUGCCACCUGCCAUCCCGCCCCGCAUGCCGGUGACUCAGGACAACCGCGUCCUCACACCGGUGCACCGGGGCGGCAUACCUCUCCCGCAGCCAACGCGGGAGGAGUGGCGCAUGUUGAGGCCUUCCUCUCCCAGCAGCUCCUCAACCGGUGGCCUGAGCCCCCAACGAGCCGUCACUCCACCCCCAACCAGCUCCCUCCAGCCUCAAAGAGCGCCACCUCCACCGCCAAAAAUAGAUCCCAGGAGGCUCAGCAGUGCAUCACUGCAGUCCCUCACACAGAAGAAAGAUGGAGAGGAGAAUGGAGGGAAUGAAGGCGAGAAAGAGGACACAGAGGAAGAAACACUUCCAGUCAGGAGCGGCUCCUUCAGGGGGGAGACUCCAUUCAGCUGGAAGUCACGGCUGCAGGAUGAGCCUCUGUACCAGACAUACCGGGCCACUGUCAUCACCAAGGAGAUCCGACGCCAGACGGUUUGUCGUAAUAUCAGUAAGACUAGCGCGGACUAUGCCAUGGACUGGACCGCCCGCAAGCCCGGGACUGGGACUUUAACCGGAACUGGAACUGCGACUGGUAACGGAGCACCCAGAGCCAGCCCUGUGCCCACACCAGGCCAGAGCACCCUGUGGCAGGACCUCCCAGCCAUACGGGAGAGUGGCGUGCUGGAGGAGCUCACUCCUGAAGAGUGCAAGUACCAAGAGAGUAUGUUCGAGGUUCUGACAUCGGAGUCCUCUUACCUUCGAUCCCUGCGCGUUCUGACCGAGCACUUCCUGGAGAGCCGGGACCUGGAUGAGACGUUGGUCAUUAUGGACAAGAAGACCCUCUUCUCCAACAUCCUGAGGGUCCGCGAGGUCAGCGAGAGGUUCUUAAAGGAUCUGGAGGACCGCAUAUUUGUGACACAUCUCUUCUCAGACAUCUGCGACAUUAUCCAUUACCACGCCCAGCAUAACUUCCCCGCCUACAUCGACUAUGUCCGCAACCAGAUCUACCAGGAGAAAAUCUACACCAAGCUCAUGAAGAACAAUGUGCAGUUUGCAACUGUCAUCACUCGUCUCCAAGAGUCUCCUCAGUGCCAGCGGCUGCCCUUCAUGUCCUUCUUGCUGCUGCCCUUCCAGCGAAUUACACGCAUUAAAAUGCUCAUUGAGAACAUCCUGAAGAGAACAAAAGAAGGGACGAAUGAGGAGCAGACAGCCUCCAAGUCUUUGGCUUCAGUCUCAAAGAUCAUCAAUGAGUGUAACACACAGGUGGGAAGGAUGAGACAGAUGGAGGAGUUGAUCCUUAUCUCUCAAACACUGGAGUUUGACAAGCUCAAGGCCAUCCCGAUCAUCUCCCAGACUCGAUUCUUGGAGAAGAAGGGCGAGCUCCAGGAAAUGUCCAAGGGAGGAACAAUCUUUAACAUGAGGGCCAAGUUCACUCCGAUCUAUCUCUUCCUGUUCAAUGAUCUGCUAAUCAUCGCUGCCAAGAAGGGCGCCGAGCGUUUCGUGGUACUUGACCAUGCCCACCGCUCUCUGGUGCAGGUGCAGCCGCUAGAAGAGGGUGGGAGCAGCACUGGCACCUACGAGCACUGCCUCAACCUCACGCUAUUGGAAAACCAUCAGGGACGCAUGAUGGAGCGGCUGAUCAAAGCUCCGUCCCAGUCAGACAUGCACAGGUGGAUGGCGGCUUUCCCCAACCCCACCAACCCUGAUACAGAUGAAGAAGAAGUUAUUUAUGAGGACUGGGGUGAGGACUCGUGCACCAUUUUCUUUGACACAAAUUAUUUUAUGUUCAUAGUUACUUACUGUUAUGUGUGUGUGUCAGACUGUCCCCAGAUGCAUUGUGUGGAGCAGUACAUCGCGCAGCAGGCAGACGAACUCACCCUGGAGCCCACUGAGAUCAUCAACGUCAUCCGCAAAACCAACGAGGGCUGGAUUGAAGGGAUCCGCCUGUCUGACGGUCAGAAGGGCUGGUUCCCUGCUCAAAACGUCCUAGAGAUCACCAACGAGCACGUGAGGAGACGAAACCUGCGCGAGCGCUACAGAGUCAUACAGGCUGCGAGUACUGUUGCCACCACCAAGACCCGCACCACUCAGUAGCAUCAACGGACCGAGGAUGUUUACAUUUUAAAGACGCUACAUGCAGCAGAAAAAAUUAACUACUAAAUUUCGUCAUUCAGGGGCUUUAUUGGUUAAGUGUCAGUUUCUAACCACCGGGAAAUGAAAGGUAAAAGGAGAAGAGUUACCUGGAAGUGGACUAAUCAUCACGCUAUUUAUACUGCUGGAUUACGUGUGUGUGUGUGUGCUGGGAACCUGAAGUGGAUCAUUCACUACUUGUGCUGAAAAAAAUGAAAAAAAGACCAUGUAUGUACAUAUUUGCAUUGAAACACACAGACAGCAGCAUCGUGGAGCAUCUUUUAAUGACACCUGCGUGUUUCUCUAUUGUUGUUAAACUGCAAAUUGAGAUGCCAAUCAUUCUAGUCAUCAUCUGACUAGAUUUUACAAAUGCCAGAGCUGCUGCACAGAAAAGAGAAGGGCAUUCCUCUACACUCCUGGUGUCACCGUCAUCGCAUGCAAAGGCAAGUUAACCCCUCGUCACCAGAGUAUUGGAUACAACAUAAACAAGAACACCCUGAAAACAAAACAUCUUGACUGAAAGAUGCAACAGUGUUAACAUGUUAAAAAAAUGAAUAUUUCUCACUAGAAAUCAAAACAGGAAGUGCCUUUGAUUGAACUCAAAACACACAGCAACACACCAAGACUCUUAUCAUGACCCCACAUGAAGCACAAGAGCUUUAAAGUUGCAUAUAAGCAUGUAAAUGUGGGUUAAGCUAUACUGUCGGUGAGAGUUCAAGCUCUCUGUUCAGUGGUUGUGUUGUUGGUCAGCUUGUGUGAAAUAAUGCUGUGGCUCCCCCUGCUGGUUGUUGUCAAUGCAGACAGGGUAUCUGGAUACACUCGAAAUGUACAAUAUGU